GGACAGCAAGACCUCCUUACUGGCCCAAACCAGUGUAUUUGUUAGAUGAGGAAGAUGAAAGGAACAAUGGGUACCUAAAUGAUGACUUCAUUGUCUGGAUGAGGGUCUCAGCUUUUGCCUCCUUCCGAAACCUCUACCGCCGUGUCAGACACGUAGGGGAGUUUGCCAACGGCCUCCCAGCUGGGAAUUACACUUUUCAGAUUGCCUAUAAUUUCCCUGUCACCAAGUUCAAGGGGAGGAAGCAUGUGAUUCUUUCCACCGUGGUGUGGAGCGGAGGAAGUAACCCGUUCCUGGGAAUUGCCUACGUGGUUUCUGGCACAGCAGCAACCCUGGCAGGUUUCCUCAUAACUGGCAUCCACUUAAAGCUCCGAAAAAAGAAAACGUACUUUCAGAAGUGA